AUGGAAUUAGCCCAACUCAACGCAUCUGCCAAGAACAAAAUGAUAUCUGGAAAGUACCCAGCUGCUAUUGCCGAUUUUACAAAAGUUAUCGAAGCUACAAAGGCCACAACUGAUGAUAAAACAGCUCUUAAGAUUUCUGCUUACAACAAUCGCUCAUACUGCAACAUUCUCAUCAAGAAAUACGAUGAGGCUCUUGAUGAUAUCAAUAAUGCCAUUGAAAUCGCAAAUUCUGCAAGAAAGCCAGAAGCCAUCAAAGCUUUAGAUGUUGAACAAAGAAAGAAUGAUGAAAUCGUCCCUCUUCUCGUCGAAGCACUCGCUCGCCGUGCAAACAUUUACGAUAUGAAGGAUAAAUGUCUUGAAUCACUCCAGGAGUACCAAAACGCCAUGAACAUCAUCCCAGACGGUGAUGCAAAGGUUGCCUACAACAGAUUGCUCAGGACAUGCGGAAUUCAUCCACUUCCUGAAGAUCAGAGACUUGGAAUCUUUUCUGACGUUGUUUCUCACAUUCUCGACAGACCAUCCCUCGUAGAAUCCAUGAAGAAGCUCUGCGACUACUUUACAAACCCUCAAGAAAUAUCCAAGCCAGAUCUCGAGUUCUUUGCCUCAUCAAAGGCCAUCAAUGUCCCAGAUGGUGUCAUUACAUUCUACGUUCGCGAUCCAGAGGUCGUUCUUCUCAGUAUCAAGACAUUAUCCGCUAUAGGCAAGAAAGGAUGCCUUCCUGUCUACUCCUUCUUCAACGAUGUCAAGGACUGCAUCAAUAACUAUCCAAAGAACAUCGAAAUCGUUACAGAAGCCGUUCAAUAUCUUUUUGAUACACCAGAACAAGCUUUUAUCAAGUUUGCUGAUGAAGAAUCAAUCGAACCAAUCUGUGAUUGCUUCUCUCUUGGUCUUCCGGAGCCAGUAAAAGAGCAGUUAUUCUUCAUUUUGUUCAAUAUUGCCAAUAAUGAAGAGCUUUGCCUCAAAGUUCUCAACCAUCCACCAGUUCUCGACAACAUUAUCAACGAAAAGUCAGUUGGUGCUGGUAUGUUAAUGUCUCGUCUUACACAAUCUACACCAUUUGCUAAAUUCGCCAUCGGAAAGUGCGGAUUUUCAUGGAUUGCCAAGCUUCUUAAUCCAGAACUCGGUGUCGAGAAGGUCACCGGCCUUAUCAUUGCUCUUUCCAGAUGCGUCAUGAUCUGUAAAGAAGUCGAAAACUUCGAUUACAAGUCCGAAGUUUUUGUUGUUGUCGAAAAUGUUGUUCCAACACUCCAGAAGAUGAUGAAGUCUCUCGACAUCUGUUCGAACGGAUUCGCAUGUCUUGCUUUAUCUGUAGACAUUGUUCCAGAGAAGAUCCAACAGUUGCGAGCUGUCAGAUUGGCUUCUCUUGGUCUUGCACUUCACAAACAGCAUCCAAAGGUUGUACAGAACGUUAUGGCUUUCAUUUACUACGCAGCGAAGAGCGGAUUGUUGCAGGACGUCAAAGAGAUCGAGAACGAAAUUGUUCCAGUUAUUUUCGACGCAAUAAGAGAGUCAUCAUCAUACCAGACAAUUUGCGAACACUCAAUCGCAAUCCUUGUUAUGUUGGACCAUCCUUCAAAGCAGAAAAUGCUUUUGGCUGGAAUACAGCAAUACCCGAACUCUCAGAUAUUCAAGGAACUCAUACCUGGAAACAUUGACCUCAAACAAAUCCCUCAUUAA